UCGCAGUAUGAAGUUUUUCCCCCAUAUGUUGGUUCCCCUUGGUAGACAAAUUUAUUGUGAUCACGUCUGCCUUCACUCCUUUCCAGUUUUGCGUUCGCGCUACAAACACGUGGCUGGAGUUUAAUUUGUCGAAUUUAAGAAUGCCCUUAGCCCGUGAUUUUCUGCAUCCCAGUCCAACUGAGGAAAAGAGACGCCACAAGCUUAAGCGGUUGGUCCAAAAGCCCAACAGUUAUUUCAUGGAUGUCAAAUGUCCUGGUUGCUACGCAAUAAAGACCAUUUUCUCACACGCACAACGUGCCGUGGAAUGUGAUGGCUGCCGCACCAUUCUCUGCAGAUCAACCGGUGGAAAAGCUCGCCUAACCGAAGGAUGCUCUUUCAGAAGGAAGCCUCAGUGCUAAUGUAUUUGACUAACUUAAUGUCUAUCUUUACAUUCGCUAAAUAAAAAUGUGAGAACACUUAAAUCAAA